UUCCCCAACGGGAUGAUAAGCGUGCGCUUAGUCAAAGUUAUCGAUCCCAGCAUCAGGCCUCCCUGGGAGGUCACCACUUUCCCUGAUUCACAUAGAACUCUGAACCUAUCUCUCCCUCUCCCUCCAGUCCUCCAGCUGUUUCCCUGAAUCCUAUUAUCCCCUGGGCAUACUGGAGCAUGUUGCUGGCUCCACAUGCCUUAUUGUUUGACAGAGCCCGCUGAUUGGUUUAGACUGUGGGAAACCUGAAUCAGAGUAAGACUCACACAUUCAUAUGGAGAUGCUGUAGUAUAAAUAGGAGGGAUGAAGCCAGCAGAGAUCGGUGCUAUCUACAGAGACUUCUAGAGCACAGAAAUCCAAGCAUGGCACCUAAAGUCACUGCAGCAAUGACCAGUACCCCAGAGCAUCUGACAAUGACUCACAAGCUCAGAAAGCCUCUGGUGGAGAAGUUACGCAGAGAGCGAAUCAACACCUGCAUUGAGCAGCUCAAGUCUCUCCUGGGUCCAGAGUUCCUCAAACAGCAGCCAGACUCCAACCUGGAGAAGGCAGACAUCCUGGAGAUGACCGUUUGCUUCCUGACACAGCUACAGCUGCAGAACCAGCAGCAGAGAAACCUGCUGAACAGCUUCAGCAAGCUGCAGACAGCUUCUGAUGAAAAUCUGAGAGAGGAUGACCUCUUUCCUCUGAGUUCCACAGUCCAGACAAGCACCACGAAAGACAACAGCGCCCUGUGGAGGCCGUGGUAGAGACUCACAUAAAGUAGUCCCUAAUACAAUGGUUUAAAAGACCAUAUUGGUCAAAGAUUACUGGACUGAAUUCCUUGAAAUUCUUUGAACUUUUUCUUCUGUAGUUACAGAAGUCUUUACUUUGUGUGCUUAAUGUGUAAUUUCCUGGUAAAUGACACCAGUACUGUUUUUCAUGUUAAGAAAGAAAACAUCUUGCCAUGUAUGUUGCAUGAAUCAAAUUGAUUGCAUCAGCAAUGAUUAUUAUUUCUUUAUUAUUAUUAUUAUUUACAUUUUUAUGUAGAUGUUAUUAUUACAUUGUGAUUAGAACCUUUGAUCUGUUUUAAGGUCACUUUUUAUUUUGUUUAGUAAUUUGGCGUUUUGUCUUUCAUAAAGACAGCUGUUCCUUUACUCGCUUUGAGUACAGUGUUUCUUGUAGUCAUUUACAAGUUAUUGCUGUGAUGUAUCAUCACCUGCUGUUUGAAGAUUUAUACUUUAUGCGCCUCACUUUGUCUCAUUGAAUAAACAAACACUGCCAGA